AUGGAUGUUGUGCUGAACAUGGCCGAUUAUUAUGUCUUCACCCCAUACAUGUACCCAGCCACGUGGCCAGAGGACGAGGAACUGCGUAAAAUAAUCAGCCUUCUGCUUGUGACGAACCUGGGAGCAGAACUCAUUUACCUGGUCUUUGGUGCCCUUAAUUUUUACUUAAUUUUUGACCAUAAGCUCAUGAAGCAUCCGCAGUUUGUUGAGAACCAAGUGCAAAGAGAAAUCAAACUAGGCAUAGUCUCCAUUUUCUGGAUGAGCUUCCCCACCGUGGCAAUCUUCUUUGCUGAAAUCAGGGGCUACAGUAAACUUUUUGACAAUGUCAGCGAAUCCCCCAUGGGCUGGGCUGGGUUGUUUCUUAGCAUUGUGGGCUUCCUGUUCUUUACUGAUACAUGUAUCUACUGGAUACACAGGGCCAUGCAUCAUAAAAAUAUAUAUAAGCACUUGCAUAAGCAACACCAUAUCUUCAAGAUCCCAACGCCUUUUGCCAGCCACGCCUUCCACCCCUUGGAUGGUUUUCUGCAGAGUCUACCUUACCAUGUUUACCCUUUCCUCUUCCCCCUCCACAAGGUGAUCUACCUCUGGCUGUUUGUCUUUGUCAACGUUUGGACCAUUUCCAUACAUGACGGUGACUACCACAUCCCUGGUCCUCUGAUAGAGUUGAUCAAUGGCGCUGCCCACCAUGUAGACCAUCACCUCUAUUUCAACUACAACUAUGGGCAAUACUUCACCCUCUGGGAUCGUGUAGGGGGUUCAUACAGACAUCCUUCAGCCCUCCUCGGGAGGGGACCACACGACCACAUCAGCAAACAUACAGCAGAAGGAAAGCUGCAUUGA